AUGUCAUCCAGAAGGCGCCCGAGAAUAAUUACUUCUUCUUCCGACGAAGAAGAAGAAGAAGAAGUUGUAAACGACGUCGUUCAACCUCCCCCUCCACAAGAAGAAGAAAAUGACUAUAUGGAAUCAGAAACCCCAAAUAUUCAACCUGUAACCCUAAACCCUAACUCUCAUUCCGGCCAAAUUGACAAUUCCGAUGAAGAAUUCACCGACGCAAACGAAAAUCUCUCUUCGUCCCCACCACCGCAACCAACCGAUACUUCUUCUGAAGAAUCUAGAACUAGUAGCAUCAGUAAUGGCGGUAUGAAUAUGAAUGAAGUGUCUGAUAAUCCAGUUAGUAGGGUUUUAGAAGGAUUAGGGUUGCGAUUAAAAGCCGAGUGGCUGGAUUCUUGUAUUCGUCAGCUGCAGAUUGCUUUCAAGGAUUUUAAUGGUUUUGACAAUACAAAAAAGGCUAAGUUGUGUUUUGAGAUGUUUUUGGAAUCCGAUAUGAAUUAUUGCGGUGCGGGAUUGCUUCCGGACAAUGUACAUCAAAUGCACCUUGUUGAUCUUCCUGGACCCUUUGUUUUGCAGGUUGAUGAAAUAGUAAACAUUUGCCUGCCUCUUCGAGAGCGUUACAAGACAGAAGGUUCUGGUCAAAAGAGGUGUCUUAAGCUGUCUAUGACUGAUGGUGUUCAACGAGUUUUUGGUAUGGAAUACCAGCCUAUUAACGAUCUCAACGUUUUUUCUCCUGCUGGAUUAAAGGUUGCUAUAUCUAAUGUAAAUGUAAGGCAUGGUCUUUUAGUGCUGGUUCCAGAAGUUUUUCAAGUUUUAGGAGGAUUGGUUAAGGAGCUAGAGGAUGCCCGGAAAAGACUUGUUACCGAAGUCAACAAGCCUCCAAGGGGAAAAAGAACAAGAUCAGGAGUUGUCCCUCCUUUAGCAACUAGAGCUACUAGUGCUGCGUGGCCAGCUAACAUUACCCAUGUUUCACAACCCCCAAAUAACCCUGUUUCUCAAAGGGCAACUCCUAUGCAGGUAGAUGAUCAAGGUACCACACCCGCUUCUGCUAAUAGAGACACACCAUCACAUUCUGCAGUUCCUGUUCAUAGGGAACAUGCUACACCUCACCCACCAAGAACUGAAGUAGAUUCUUCCUUUUCCACACGUAGGGACACUGUUGAAUCCUUUCCAUCUAUGGGCACAACAAGUUCUGCAACUUUAGUGCACAGGGAACAUGCUGCACAUUACCCACAAAGAACCGAAGUAGAUUCUUCGUUUUCCACAUAUAUGGAAGAUGUUGAAUCUUUUCCAUCUAUAGUCGCAACACAUUCUGCAAUUCCUGCUAACAGGGAACAUGCUACACAUCGCCCACAAAGAACUGAUGUUGAUUAUUCGUUUUCUACACGUAGGGAGGAUGUUGAAUCCUUUCCAUCUACGGCUACAACAAAUUCUGAAAUUCCUGCUAACAAGGAACAUGCUGAACAUCACCCACCAAUAACUGAAGUAGAUUAUCCGUGUUCCACUCGUAGGGAGAAUAUUGAACCCCUGCUAUCGGAGCCUGCAACAAGUUUUUCAAUUCCUGUUCACAGGGAACAUGCUGCACGUCACCCACGAAGAACUGGGCUAGAUUCUUUGUUUUCCACUGAUAGGGAGGAUAUUGAAGGCUUUCCAUCUAUGUCUACAACAGAGAGUUGUGUUAUGGAAAAUACUUCUGCUGUGCCCAUCAUUAAGAAAAGUGUUGAAACAACCCAGUUGAGGGUUAGAGAAGAGGCAACUGUUCCCAUUCCAAGGGCAUCACCUGUAGUGGUUUCCGAUGAUGAAGACGUUCAUAUGGCGGGUGCUGAGGAGAAUCAUUCUGCACUUGGUCAAAGCAGUGAAUGCCCGUUCACAUACUUGUCCAGCUUGUUUUCUAAAUGGGAUGCAUCAAAAGAUAUAGCCUCUCAUGUUGAGGGAAAAAUUAAGUGUUUUGUGACUGGAGUCAAAAGAUUCCUGUACAAGGAAAGGAGCACAUAUGAGCUUCAAGUAUAUAUAGAUGAUGGUAGCCUGAUAUCUGAGAUCCUUAUUGAUCAUAAUGCUGUACAGAAAAUAAUAGGUUUUUCGCCCGAUGAAGUGAAUGCUGCUAUGUCUAGUGCAGAUCCAUCUAGGGUUCAGGGCAUGAAGGAUACAAUGAAGCAGUUCCAAGCUUAUUUAGUAAACUUUGAGGGAACAAUGGUUGUGUGCAUUAAUGAAGCUUCCAGUCUUCCAGUUGCCACAAAAACGGAGCAGGGCUGUCCCUUAUCUGAUGCAUGGCUGCUUCUCAAAAGACUAAAGUCGAGUAAUGCUGAUCAAUGUCCAACUAUGGAUCCAAUUGAUUUAUCUCCGUAAACGUAUGCUUGACCUAGUUUGUACAUUCAUAUUUGGUCAUUUAUGUAAUGUUUCUCUAGAUACAUUUAGCUUAUUAUCAUUUAAAAUUACUAGUA